AGUUAGAUGAGGAGUUUGCUGAAUUAAUUAAAAACUAUUCUAAUUGGCCACAAAUUAUAGAUAAAAAUACUGCAAUAAAAGUUUUGGCCAAAUUUCAUAAAAAGACUAACAUUAAUCUCUCAUUAAUCAAAGCACCAAUUCAUCUUACUUCAUCAUCUUUUGAAAUAAAUUUUAUUUAUGCUCACCCUCAUAUAGACAAUAUUAGAUUUCAAGUACUUCUUGAUCAUGCUAGCAAAGUUAGUGCUGCUCUUCAUUGGCUUUUUGAACAUAAUCCUUUAUUUAAACAAAUUGAAUUCAAUAAAAAUGCAUUAACCACUUUACCAGAAGAAGAGAUUCCUAAAUCAUUAUUAUUAACAACUACUUCUAUUAAUUCAACAAUCAAUUAUAACAAAGUUAGCAAAUUAUAUGAGCUUAGACCUUCUGGUUUUGUGCAUGCAGAUAAUGUCUCAAUAUCUGAAAAUGAAUUAACAUUACACUCUAUUCAUAAACUUAUUAGUAAAUUGAAUAAUCAAACAUUGAUUAAUAAUAUGAGUCAAGAAACAAACUAUAAUAAAAAUUUACAUGUUCCAAUUAUAUGUAUGUCACACAAUAAUGAACCUUUAAAUGAGUAUAGAGAUUCAAUGCAAUUCCCAGCUAAGUUUCCUAUUCUUUUCCCAUACGGUAUAGGUGGUCAUAAAGAUAUUAGUUACCUUCUUAAUACAAAUAAUAUUUUGACUGAUAAAAUGCUUGAAAAAGAAUAUAAAGCUCCUAAAACAAUAAUGAAAAAGUGGAUGCAUUCAUCCUUCUUUCCUAUCCCAAAUCCUAAUUUAUCUGAUUUUGAUAAAAAUUUCUGUUUAGAUUUACUUGCAAUUGCAAAACAUACCUUAUAUCAUCAUUACUUUAUUAUUGUUCUUGUAUCAACUGGUAUUGCUGCAUUGAAUAUAAACAGAUAUAUUAUCCACUCUACUUGUGGAUUUGGAAUUGAAGGAACUUGCAAUAAUAAUAACUUGACAAGUGACACUUUGCACAAAUUACAAGACUUUUGGAAUAAAAUACAAUAUGUUAUUAUAAAUAAAGUCUCUAUGAUUAGACAAUAUCUACUUACUCGUUUUCAUAUAUUUUUAAAAGUUGUUAAAUCUUCUAACAUAUCCACCCCUUUUGCUAAACUGAACAUUCUUUUUUCUGACAAUUUUAUGCAAUUACCACUAGUUCUUAAUUCUGCAUUAUAUAUGCCAAGUAAAGUUUCAAAUAUUAAUUUAUCUAAGAAAUUUCAAGCUGUUAAUGAUAUAGAGCUAGAUUUAGAUUUUAAAAAACAUAAGCAUGCUUUAUAUAAGCCUUUAAUUAAUAAUCAUUCAGUAAUGAAUGCUAUAGAAAGAAAUUUAUGGCUUAAUAUAAAAAAUGUUAUACAUUUAAAAAAAUCAAUCUAUUAG